AUGUACAAUUGUAAACAGUGUGAUUUUGCUCUACCUACUAUUAAUGCGUACAUUAAUCACUGUCGUUUACAUUCUAUGGAACCAAGAUUCAGGGUUGCAUGCUGUGUUUCUGGAUGUUUUCAAAGCUUUUCUACUUUUUGGAAUUUAAAAAAACAUAUCUACCGCAAUCAUGGUCAAAAUAAGUUUAAUGCAAGAUUAACUUCUUUAAAUAAUAAAGUUAUUUCAUUGUCUUGCCAAGUUCCUAUGUGUGGGAUAAUACAUCAAUUCAAUGCCCAAUAUGACAAGCAUAUUGGGUGGCUGCAAGAUCAUCACAAUUUGCCCUCUUCGUUGUGGAAUGUUUAUGAAAUAGAAAGGCUACAUUCUUUAACUUAUCCUUUACAGCGUGCUGAUAUAGUCGAAUUAAAUGCACUGAAAAUAGUAUCGUUAGUGGCUAAAUGGCCAUUUUUAUUUAAAGCCAAUCGGUUUUUACAUCAUUUUAAAACAUUAACUGGAGUUGACAUAGCUUUUAUAUUUGAAGAAAAUCUUAAAAUUAAAUCUACCAUAAUUGUCAAAUUUUUGCAACACCAAAAAGAAAUGCAAUUAGCCAUAAAUGAAAUGAUAUUAGCUGGGCAAGGUAAUGUGUUAGCACCACUUGUUGCUGCAAUUUUGGGCAUUUGCCAGUUUUUAAAAGAAUCUUCCGAGUUUUUGUUUCAUCAGACUAUGGAGCAUGCAAAUGUGGAUGAUAUUGAAAAGGACAUUACUCUUCCAUUUUCUCCUUGUAUUAGUUUUGCUGGUAACAUAUCAUUUUUGCUACUAAUUGUUUAUUAAAUUUAUUGAAUUUAU